CCCAAAAGCAGUGCCAACGCGGCGCUCGCGUGCAACCACAUUUAUGCAUCGAUAUUGCGCCGCAGAAGUGCCGCGUCUCAGCUUUGCCCACCGGUGAGGUUAUAGCAAGGUACUUACGUACAGAUUCCAAGGUCGUUAGGCUCAGCCCGCGCUAUUGUAGUACCAGAAGGAUUCAGGAUGCAGAAUGCAGGUACCACGCUCCUUCAAAAUUCAUGCCCAGCGCUCCACAUCAAUAUCGAACCGCGAAACAAGGGCACUGCGCCUAGAAUGCCAUGGAGGAGGACUUCACACAUGCCAUCUUGCGAGCUGAAGAGCUGAGGCGAGCACGUCUCGAAUGGACUCACCUUAAGUCUGACCCGGAGCCUCCUCAAGCAGCAAUGCAAGUAGCUUUCACUCGCUCUCAUGUUGUCACUAGUUGUUACUUUAUCACUCGCUCUUCAUGCCUCAGCCGGCCGAGUUGACGGGCAUGUCCCCAGGCCAUUUGGCGCAGCACUCCCAGUCGCAACAUUAGUAUCCCAGCCGGACUUGACACAGAACGAAGAUCCGCAUCAAGACAGCACAAACACAUCGACUCCACAACCCGUUCGAGCUCCUGAUGUUAUUGUCCAGCGGACCACCCGAAUUGACCAGAAGACGCAUGUGGAGCGUUGGGGUGCUUACACUCCCUAUGGCGAGGAAGACGAACAGACUCUCGUGCGGCGUGGUAUCUUCAAAAGAGCUCCUGCCUAUCGGGGUACCAUGAUGAUGGACUGUAAGAAAUCUCGUGAAGCUUGUCAAAAUGCCUGUUGGUAUCAGAACUGCAUGAUGGGCGCUCAAGGCUCAACCACUGCUGUAACUUACACCUACGGCGGUAACGAUGACGGCACGCCCGAAUACGCUCAGAAUCGUGUAGAGUCUGGCGUUGCUACCUCAGGCUCGGGAACUCCCUGCGGUCUCUGGCCGUUCGGCCAACUGUUCUGGGACCCAUAUCCUUUUCACUUGCAGGUCAACCCUGAUGAUCCCAAUCUGCCUCCAAGAGACUCUCAGCUAGAAUUGCAGACCGAUGAAUGGCCCAUGGCGAAUUGGGAAAACCCAACCUUUGAUCCUACUGCCAAUCCUCCUCAACACUCUUUACGAUGCAUCACUAGGCUCGACAACAGCAGAGGCGGAGCCGAGUGGAAAUACUUCAAGCGAAAGAUGGUCCAAUACAGAGCUGGCGCUAGGCAUGAAUCCAGUAGACUAGGCGCAAAUCCUUUCGAGGCGGGCGACACGUUCAAUGUCGAGUUCGACAUGAGCCAAUUCGAUGACAACGAUCCGGACGACGUUGCCAUGAAAGCAAGUUUGACGUACUGCGGUGCACCUGGAACCAUCAAUUGCGCAAACGAUGGCCGCCAAUUUCACAUGAGCGGCAUCGCGAGAACAGGCGGUGGAGCUGGAGUAGGUGCCUAUUUGGAUUACCCUUACGACUCCCAGACGAUGAAUACAUACAAGAUCGACAAUGAAGCCCGCGACAUCUGGGCGUAUCAGGUGCUUGUAGACAUCACCGGCGAUAACGGCGACCAGUAUGAAGUGACGGUUCAAACAUUGGCAAAUGGUGCCUAUACUGCUGUCGCGAAUCGCGGUGCUGGCGCUCCGGUCACUCUCGCACAGGGCGAAACACUGACUUUGCAAGGAUCACUGCCCAAAGAGCUUGAGAUCAAACGCGUCGAUGACAGUGGCUGCAACACUGAGCUAGAAUUCACAUACGGAACGCCGAUACCAAACACACACGGCUGGUAUGUCUUCAGAUCUGAUCAAAUCAAUGACGUCGACGAGAAGCAUUGCCAAACCUCGGACUUGAACGAUGAUGAUGGAGACUAUAUUGGGACUAGAUUUACUUGCACCUUUCCUGGUUACUAGAUCAUUUGGUACAGACCCUUUAAUGUUGCGGGGCCUUCAAUAAAUUGAGCUUGGCCGUGUUCUACUGUAUAAGGAUGUUACUUGCAAUUUGAACAUCAUCUAUGAGCGAAUUAUUUGCAAGGCCGGAAGAUGAGACCUCCAGGAAGUGGGAGCUUUGGUCAGCUUAUGCGACAUCGGUACUUCGCAUCGUCGACGAUCGCCUGUUUGGCACAAUCAGAAUGAUGCCCAAAGUCGUUACCGAGCGGGCUUGAUCCCUCGCUCCAACAACGUAAUCAAUUCAUCCAGCGUCCCAAUCGCAACAUCAGUCCUCUCAUCCGUCUCCAACUCCUCCUUCCCUUCACUCUUCAACAACACCGUAAGCGCACCCGCAUCCCUACCAG